GUUGACAUAUAUUUACAGAAGAGAUAUUUAACGAUCAUGCUAACAGAUUAGCAUGACAAUGUAACAUUGUGAGAUCUUUUCCCAUUAGUAAAGGUAGAUUUGACCUUCGGAGUCAGACAACCUUGCUUUCUGUUUUGUUUAAAACUGGCGUGUUGUUGACUAAGGACUGGCUUUGAAUUACUUGUAAUGAGUUGUGAUUAAUGCUAAUUUUACCAGGUUUUUGCUAUUGUGAAUACGCCUACCAGCCAUAUCUGGGAUUAGAUGAUUCGUCUUGGUUUUCCCUAUCCGAUUAUCCUGGGCGUUAUUUUGUUCGUUAAUGCUUACAGAAUCCCAUAGAAGUUUCGUGUGACAGCGUGCAUGUCUCUUAAUCCUGAUCAACUGGAUCUUGUACCUGAUGAUCUGCUUAAUGAUCAAGUCCAAGUAGAAACGGUUCAUCAAGUUUCAUACAAUAAUAAUAAUAAUAAUAAUAAUAAUAAUAAUCGAAGUAACCUGGAUGCAUUAGGAAUGGCCGCUGGAGUGUCACCUUACGGAACAAAUAACCCAUCUGCAAUGUCUGCAGCAGCAGCAGCCGCUCUUUUAAUACAAGCUGCAGCUGUAAAUGAAUCACCAUCUAAUAAUGUAACUUUUUCCGGAAGACGUUGUUCAACUUCAAGCCUUCUAGAAUCACCACAACCAUCUCCUUUAUCUUCAUCUAUGAUUUCAGUAGCUGCACAACAAGCUGCCUUAGCUGCUGCUCAAGCUAUUGCCAGUCCUCGAUCUCCAUCAGCUAGUUCUAGCACAUCUAAUUUUCAGGCGGCGGUGUUAUCAUUGGCUUUAGCUGCUUCAUCCACGUGUACAACAAUUAGCAAUUCUUCUAGUUCCGAACUUCGUGAAUGUCAACGUUCAUUACUUGGUCAUUCUGCUAUGAAUGAUCUUAUCUCCCUUUCUGAACAACAUCCAAAAUUACUAACUGCACAUUCUACACUAGCAUCUGUGUUUAGAAGACGUUCUUCAACACUUGCUCCUCCAUGUUUCACUAAUGCACUUAAUCCAGUGUGUAUGGAUGUUGCACCUAGGCAUGAAUUAAAAAGUGCUCCCAGUGAGGAACCACAGUUAUUGUCUUUUUUGCCUUCAAACGUAACGUCUACUCUUGAUCUGGGAAAUUCUCAGCUCCUCAAUAGUCAGCAAUCAACUCUUCCAGAUUACCCUGAAGGUUUUUCCUUAACCCGUGAGUCAACAUCUAUUUCAACUUCUUUUCUGAACGAUAAUUGUAUCGAACAACGUAAUCGUUCAGAUGAAUCUUAUUUAAUGGAUAUUAAUUCAGAAGGUCCGGCUAAAAUUACACGGCAUUAUUUAUCUACUUUAGAUCCUGAUGAAAAUGUAGAUAACUCCCGAAACUCUUCCAGUGUACCACAUAGAGGUUAUGAAGAUCCUAAUUUCCAACCUUUUUACAAAACAUCACCAAAGUAUGAUUCGCAUCUGGUACAUCCAUUAGGUGUUCACCCAUCAUUUGAUAGAAAUUCUAAUAAAUGUAAUACAAGAUAUUUUUCUCCUACACAUACAUCAGUUUCAAGUGAACUUGCAUUGGCCACAUGUCCUCCAACUUCACCACUAAGUUGUUCCUCAUUAUCUAAUUCAGCAACUCCCCAGUUGAAUAUUUCUCCAUUAAAUGUUGAAUGUAGAGUUAAAAAUCCACCAAUGGAUGAUUUGAGUGGAGCUAAUUCCAGAUCAUCGGUUUCCUGCAGGUCAUUAAGAACCAACUGUGGGACAGAGUGUGAUUUUAAAACUGAUGAACCAAACCGUAAACGCGAACAACGUCUCUUAAAAAACAGAGAAGCUGCAAGGGAAUGUCGUAGAAAAAAGAAAGAAUAUGUAAAGUGUCUAGAAGCUCGAGUUAGUCUUUUAGAAAGUCAAAAUCAACAGCUGAUUGAAGAGCUUCAAAAAGUUAAAGCGCUUUGCUUUAAGGAGUUAUGCGGUUUAGGAUUAAAUAGUUCCACAGCUGCAUGCGCCGCAGCUGUUUUAGCUGCCGUGACCUCAGUGUCUGCUAACUACUCAGGUUCAGAUGCUGCAGAUGCUUCUGGAUUAGAUUCAACUGCCCGAUUUUCUUCAGAAUCUGAUCGUAAUAUAUGUGAAAGAUCCACUGAAGUGCAUCAUAUGGCUUCUGAAUUCGGAGAUGUACAACAACUUCAUGAUUGUCCACGCUCAACUCGUCAACGCAGACGUUCUGUGUUCACUGCACCUAAACUAUCGCCGUAUUCAAAUCAGGCUACAUGGUUAGGCCCGUAUUCCUUGAAGUGUUCCGAACCCUCUUCAAAUGUGACUUGUGGUACCAAUCACGUAAAUCGUUCUUCUUUUGAUGAAUCGCCAUCACAUUCAUGUGUACCACAAUUGCAUGACACAAAAGGUGACUGCGCAAAUAACCCUGUUACCAUCUCCUAUACGUCUCCGGUUAAUCCAGAUACAAUUAGUCCUCAUUCGGGUGAACAUUUACAACUUCAUUGCACUGAAUCGCACUCACUUUUAGUAGAAAGUAAAGUGGAUAGCAAUCGAUUACCACAGGAUUCAACACAUGAAAUGUCUAGUGAGUUACAAAGUUGGAAAUCACCCCAGUACCAUAACUAUGGUAAUCCCUACCAACAUCCUCGGUAUGCGGCAAAAAGAGCUUAUCGCAAUGUGUUAUUUAAUUCUUCCAAUACAAGUAGCGAGUCUGAAAAAAAACCAGAUCCCGUUGAUGAUAAACGUCUUUGUGAACCAGGAGCUAACGUCGAUGCUGUGACUGGUGCUGCAGUGAUUUUAGCUGCUGCAGCUGCUAUGGUCGCAGAAUCUGAAUCUUCUGCACCGGAAUCUAGACUGUCCGUCUAAACAUCCAUAUAUAUAUAUAUAUAUAUAUAUA